CAAAUGACGGAAACGGGAGGCGGAUUUUCUCGUAGUGGGUAACGUAGCCAAGUGUGUUUCAGGAGAAGGGAAAGCGAAGAGGUCUACUCUGGAUACUGUCAGCUUCACUGAAGAUCUGGACCUGUGAGCAGAGAGCAUGGACAUCAGCAGACUGGCACAGAGACUGGCCGAGGCUGGGCAGUCCCACCUCCUGCAGUUCUGGGACCAGCUCAGCCCUGAGGAGCAGGCUGAGCUGGCCUUCGAGCUGGAGAGCAUGGACUUCAAAGAGAUCAACUGCUUCUUUAAACAUGCUAUGGAGGCCUCUGGACAGACCAAGCAGGAGAAGGUGGACGCCAGAAUGGAGCCAGUGCCGCGGGAGGUCCUGGGAAGUGUAACCCGUGAUCGAGAGUCCCUCAAAGACUGGGAAGAAGAAGGCCUGCGCUGUAUUUCUCAGAGCAAAGUAGCAGUUCUGCUGCUGGCUGGAGGUCAGGGAACUCGGCUAGGGGUUUCGUAUCCCAAAGGCAUGUAUGACGUCGGCCUGCCAUCCCACAAAACCCUCUUUCAGAUCCAGGCUGAACGUAUCCUGAAAUUGGAGCAGCUAGCUGAGCAGCAUCACGCGACAAAGUGCUGCAUUCCAUGGUACAUCAUGACGAGUGGCAGAACAAUGGAUUCAACUAAAGAGUUCUUCUCAAAGCACAAGUACUUCGGCCUUAAAGAAGAGAAUGUCAUAUUCUUCCAGCAAGGCAUGCUUCCAGCCAUGGACUACAAUGGGACGAUUAUACUUGAGGGUAAAGGCAAACUGGCUAUGGCACCAGAUGGCAAUGGAGGCCUGUACAGAUCGUUGGGCGCACAUAAGAUUGUAGAGGACAUGGAGAGAAGAGGAAUCGCCUAUAUCCAUGUCUACUGUGUGGACAAUAUCCUCGUGAAAGUGGCAGACCCUGCCUUUGUUGGCUUUUGUGUGCGUAAAGGCGCAGACUGUGGUGCGAAGGUGGUGGAGAAAACCAAUCCGACUGAGGCGGUGGGCGUGGUCUGUAAGGUAGAUGGGCGUUACCAAGUGGUUGAGUACAGCGAAAUAACCCUGGCAACGGCCGAAAAGCGGAGCACCGAUGGUCGACUUAUGUUCAAUGCUGGCAAUGUAGCCAAUCAUUUCUUCUCUCUUCCCUUCCUCAAAGAUGUUGUCAAUACGCAUGAGCCGCAGUUGCAGCACCAUGUGGCACAGAAGAAAAUCCCCUAUGUGGACACGCAAGGACAGCUAAUCAAACCCGACAAACCCAACGGAAUUAAAAUGGAAAAAUUUGUCUUCGACAUUUUCCAAUUUGCCAAGAAUUUUGUGGUGUAUGAGGUGCUGAGGGAGGACGAGUUUUCUCCUUUGAAGAAUGCAGACAGUCAGGAUGGGAAGGAUAACCCCACAACCGCUCGGCACGCACUCAUGUCCCUGCAUCACCGCUGGAUCCUCAAUGCAGGCGGACAUUUCAUAGAUGAAAACGGAACCCGUGUGCCUGCUAUACCCAGACACGGACCAGCAGGGACACUCUCACCUGAUGGCAGCCAGAAUCUGAAGGAUGGGACAGACCUGCCAAUCAAAUGUGAGAUCUCUCCACUUGUGUCCUAUGGAGGAGAGGGACUGGAGAAACUUGUGAACGGCAGAGAAUUCCACGCUGCCCUGGUCAUCGACACGAGAGGCAUCCAUGAGCAUGUAAAGAACGGACUGUGAUCUGCGAACUGGCAGCCACAUCUGACGACCAUCAUGGAAACCGUUGUCUUCUCCUUCAUCUCUCUUCUACCAGGCUGGGAGAAACUGUGACAUUCUAGUGCAAUAACAUGAAGGAAAAAGGCCUCAAGUUAUGAAGUUAUCACUUAAGAUCAAACUAUUUAUUUUGCUAAAACUUAUUUUUAUAUAAAUGCUUUUCUUUUCCUAAAUUGGGAAUAUGCGUUUUAACUAUUAAUUUAUAUGUAUGUAUACACCAUAAAACUGAAUGUAAUGCAAAGAAGAAUACGGUACAUGGGUUGCUCUCUUAAUUUUUCAGUGCGUUCAGACUGUAUGUUGGUCUGAAAGGGUAAUGCUCAGCCUCAGGGCAUUGCUAUCCAGUCUGUGUUCACUCUUUGAGAAACUUAGAGUUGUGUUCCAAGACAGUGAUGAAAUUCAAGGAUAUAUACUCUCUGUCCCACUUUCCUCUUCUUCUUUUUUUAAAUGUUGAUUCUUUACGCUGUUAGAAUGUACUUUGUGGAAAGUAUACACUUUAUCUGAUGACUAUGCUGAUUCGAUUUGAACGAUUGCUAUGAACAAUUAUUGGCUAUGUUUCAGUAAUCAAGAAGCAAAACUGAACAAAUGGAGCAUGGACAAACAAUUUCUAAUAUGAGAGCUACUGUAAAGUCCAGUGUGAUGAGUAUUUUGCAGAAUAAAUUCAAUAAUUAUAUUAAAGUAAAUAAUUUCUUUACAAUAAAAAUGGUUUGGUCCAUUCCUCGUG